AUGGCACGUUCAGACGUUGUUCCUGGAGGACGCGCGGGGAAGGCGAUGGCAGCCGCUGCUGCCGCCGCGGGUGGCGGCGGUGGCUCGUCCGUGUCGUUGCAGGACGCGGAUAAGAAGAGUCAUCGCGCAGCGCGGUCAGGGCCGGCGGCGGAGCGCAAGAAGGAGAAGGAUAAGAAGAAACGCGGCGUGGACGACGACGCGGAGGAACGCGAGAACCCGCGCGCGUUUGCUUUCCGCUCGUCGCGUCGAGCCAAGCUACAGGUGGCGAGGCGGGUGGAGCUGCAGCAGCGGCGCAUGCACGCGCCCAGUGCUGCUGCCACACGCGCACAGGCGCUGGAACCACCUCCGUUCGUGGUGCUUGUGCAGGGUCCUCCCAAGGCUGUGGUGCACAUGCAGCAGCGGCGCAUGCAUGCAUGCGCCCAGCGCUGCUGCCACGCGCGCACAGGCACUGGAACCACCACCGUUCGUGGUGCUGGUGCAGGGUCCCCCAAGGUGGGCAAGACGACGCUCAUCCGCUCGCUGAUAAAGCACUACACCAAGAACAACAUUCCAGACGUUAAGGGACCCAUCACUGUCGUCUCAGGCAAGAAGCGGCGGCUGCUCUUCAUUGAGUGCAGCGGCAGCGUGCACGCCAUGCUCGAUGCGGCCAAGUUUGCAGACCUCGUGCUGCUGCUCAUCGAUGGCAGCUUCGGCUUCGAGAUGGAGACCUUUGAGUUUCUGAACAUGCUGCAGGUGCACGGCUUUCCCAAGGUCAUGGGCGUGCUGACGCACCUGGACGGCUUCAGAGACCCGCGCAAGCUCAAGAAGACCAAGAAGACGCUCAAGCACCGCUUCUGGACCGAGAUUUACGAUGGAGCAAAGUUGUUCUACCUCUCGGGGCUCAUUCACGGCAGAUCUUCGAUGGAGCCAAGCUGUUCUUUCUACUUGUCAGGGCUCAUUCACGGCAGGUGCCCCAAGCGGGAGCUGCUGAAUCUGGCGCGCUUCAUCUCAGUCGCCAAGUUCCGCCCGCUCUCCUGGUACCCCAAGCGCGAGGUGCUGAAUCUAGCUCGGUUCAUUUCAGUUGCCAAGUUCCGUCCCCUCUCCUGGAGAACAGCCCAUGGCUAUGUGGUGGCUGAUCGGGUGGAAGAUCUGACGGAGACGGAGGAUGUUCGGAGAAACCCUAAAUGUGAUCGGACGGUCGCGAUUUACGGUUACUUGCGCGGUUGCAAUCUGAAGCAGGGCUUUAAGGUGCAUAUUGCUGGGGUGGGUGACGUGGCAGUGGAGAGUAUUACGCAGCUGCCCGACCCUUGCCCGCUGCCCGACGCGAAAAAGAAGCGGAGUUUGAACGAGCGGGAGAAGCUGCUUUAUGCGCCGAUGGCUGAUAUAGGGGAUAUACUGUACGAUAAAGAUGCGGUUUAUAUUAAUAUUCCGGAUCAUCAGGUGCAGUAUUCUAAGGUUGAGGAGAAGGAAAGAGGAGGAGGGAAAGAGGAGGACGAGGAGUGGUCAGAUGAGGGAGAGGGGGGUGUGGGGGGGAAAAGAGAGGAAGAUGAUGAGGAGGAGGAGGAUGAAGAGGAGGAGGGGGAGGGGGAAGGGAAAGGAGGGAAAGGGAAGGGGGGAGGUGGAAAGCAGAAGGAUGAGGGAGAGGAGAUGGUGAAAACGCUGCAGGCUGCUGACGUGGCAGUUGAUGAUAAGCUGAAAUCGAGUGCGAUCUCGCUGUUCAAAUGGACGGCCCCGAUUCGAGAUGUGAGCGAGGUGGAGGGCGGGAGAGAGGAGGAGAUGGGUGGGGUGGAGGAGGAUGGAGUGGGGAGUGAUGAGGAUGAGAGCGAGGGAGAGGAACAGGAGGAUGAGGGAGAGGAGGGGGAGGAGGAAACGGGACUGAAGGAGGAAAGGAGGAGGGAUUCGAAGGGAAGGAUGAGGCGUGCUGUAGUGUUUGGUGGUGAUGAUGCUGAGGAGGAGGACGAGGAGGAGGAGGAAGAUGAGGAGGAGGAUGAGGAUGAUGGAGAGGAGGAGGAAGAGGGGUGGGAGCUAGAAGAGGAAGGAAAGGAGGGAGGUGCAAUGGAGGAGGAAGAUGAAAUGGAUGAGGAAAUGGAAGAGGAGGAGGAAGAAGAUGAAGACGAAGAGGAGGAGGAGGAGGAUGAGGAGGAUGGUGUGAAAGAGCCAACGAGGCAGCAGCUAGAGAAGUGGGCUGAUAGGGAGGCCGUGGAAAAUGAGGGAACAGACUCUGAGGAAGAUGAGGAUGAUGGGGAGGAUGAGGAGGAGGAGGAGGAGGAGGAGGAGGAGGAGGAGGAGGAGGAGGAGGAGGAGGAGGAGGAGGAGGAGGAGGAGGACGGUGAAGAGGAGGAAGGAGGGAAGGUAGUGGGAUUGAAAAAAGAUGUUUUGCAGGUCGAGAAAGGGGAGGCUGCGGCCAAGUGGAAGGAAGGCUUGGCUUCUUGGGCAGCCAAAAUGUUUUCGAGAAAGCUGAGCCUGAUGGAGCUGGUUUACGGGCAGAAGGGCGGCGGUGGCAUGAAAGGAAAAGGAAAAGGCUUUGGGAUAGGAGCUAGUGGUGAGGGAAGUGAGGAGGAGGAGGAUGAGGAGCAGGAAGAGGAGGAAGAGGAGCUUUUUCGGCCAAGGAGGAAGCAGCAGGACGGGUCUUCCUCCGCUUCCCAAGCUGCACUCACUGAUGAUAUAGAUGCGGAGGACUGUGUGCGAGUGCGUCCAGAUGCAUUGAACCUGGCGCAGUGGGACGAUCCCGAGGUGGUCGAAUCCCUCAGGGACCGGUUUGUGACUGGGAACUGGUCCAAAGCGGGUGAGAGGCGGCGCAAGGGGGGAGCUAAGGGGAAGAAAGGCGGGGGAGAGGACGGGGGGAGUGAUGGGGAGGAGGAUGGGGAUGGGGAGGAGGAUGAGGAGGAUGAUGUGUUUGGCGAUUUUGAGGAUCUUGAGACUGGGGAGAAAUUUGGACCUGGGGGGAAAGGGGAGGGGGGAGGUGGGGGAGCAGGAGCAGGAGGGGGAGGAGGGGGAGGGAGGAUGAGUGAGGAGGAGAGGGAGAAGGCAGAGGCAGAGGAGAGGCGGCUGAAGAAGCUUGCUUUGCGUGCCAACUUUGAUUCCAAAUAUCCCUCUCACACGCCCUCUCUCACGCUUUCCUACCACCCCUUCCGUACUCAUUCCAGAAUCCGGGAGGAGGACGAGGAGGAGGGAGGGGAGGAUGGGGAAGGGGAGGAGGGCGAAGGCAAGAAGUUUCCUGGAAGGGAUCCGGAGGAGAAGGACUACAUUGAUAUUUUGAAGGAGCAGCUGGAAGCGAGGAAGCAGAGGACGGAGGCGGCUCUAGCAGAGGUGGACGAGGCUACCCGCGUGGCAAUGGAGGGCUUCCCCGUGGGCGGGUACCUGCGCCUGCUGUUCCGUGCACUGCCGGGAGAAUUCAUGCUGCACUUUGACCCGCGGGUUCCCGUGCUUGUGGGAGCAGUUCCACCCACGGAGGAAACGCUCGGAUACCUGAGGGUGCGGCUGAAGAAGCACCGGUGGCACCGGAAAGUCCUCAAGACGCGCGACCCCCUGGUCCUAUCAGCAGGAUGGCGGCGCUUCCAGUCCGUGCCCGUGUUCGCCAUGGAGGAUACCAACGGGCGACACAGACUCAUCAAAUACACACCCGAGCACAUGCACUGCCUGGCCGUCAUGUGGGCGCCGCUGCUGCCCCCGAAUACUGGGCUGCUUGCGCUGUCGUCUGGUGCUGCCAGUGGUAGCAGCAAGCAGGCGUCCUUCCGCAUUAGCGCCACAGGAGUGGUGUUGGAGCAGCAGCAGUCAGCGCAGGUGGUGAAGAAGCUGAAGCUGGUGGGCACGCCCGUGAAGAUCUUCCGUCACACCGCGUUCAUCAAGGACAUGUUCUCCUCCCAGCUCGAGGUGGCGCGAUUCGAGGGGGCGGCUGUGCGGACCGUGUCGGGCAUUCGCGGGCAGAUUAAGAAGGCUCUAAAACACGGGCAAGGCCCAGAAGGCAGCGUGCGAUGCGCCUUUGAGGACAAGAUUCUGAUGAGCGACAUUGUCUUCCUGCGCGCCUGGGUCAAGGUCACCGUGCCCAAGCUAUACAACCCUGUCUGCACGCUGCUCCAAUCAGCAAGCGCCACGUGGCAAGGCAUGAAGACCGUGGCGGAGCUCAGGCGGGAGCAGCAGCUGCCCAUCCCCGUUAACAAGGACUCCCUUUACAAGCCCAUCGAGAGGCGCCCGCGCUCCUUCAACCCUCUCAAGAUUCCCGCGAAGCUGCAGGCUGCUCUACCCUUCUCUUCCAAGCCUAAGGACGAGGCUCGGCGCACAACACCGAGCCUGGAGCAGCAGCGGCCGGCAGUGGUGAUGGAGCCUCAGGAGAGGCGGCUGCACACUAUGGUGCAGCAGCUCAACACCAUCAAGAACCAAAAGGUGAAGAAGCGGAGGGAGACGACGCGCAAGAAGCGAGCGGAGUAUGAGAAGCGCAAGGCAGCAGACGAGGAGGAGCAGAAGUACAGGCGUCGUGAGGAGAAGAGGGAGAAGUACAGGAAGGAGGCAAAGAGGAAGUUUGGGGGUGGUAGGGGUGGGGAUGAUGAUGGGGGGCAGCCUGGAAAGAGGGGUCGCGGGCUGCAAGCCGACUAA